UCUAAUCAGGAAAUUAUGCAAAUAGCAGUUUAAAGCGUUGUUGACAGCCUGGUCAGUGUAUAUUAUGUGGCUAGUCGUCGUCUAUAAAGGUUCACUUAUCCCACAGGCAGUCAAAUUGUGGCAAGAGUAUGGAAGUUCAACAGCUUUUAUUAUGUGGAGUGUGGAUAAUAACCUGCUUAACUCAUCACGUAUUAACAGCUCCAUUUAGCAUACAAAAAACGAAGGGUUAUGGCUCAGCGAAAAACGUCCUAAUUUUUGGUAUUGACGGCUUGGGCGGUGUUCACUUGGAGAAUGUUACAGCAAAAUAUCCCGGAUUUCGAUCAUUUUUUGAUGAAGGAAGUUAUACAACAAGUGCAAGAUGUGAAACUCCAACAGUAAGUGCAUCAAAUUGGGGAACACUAAUAACAGGUAUGACGCCAGCUGAAGCAGGGAUUCAGGCAAAUUACUGGAUUCCUGAGUAUGGAAGACCUAAGAGUAUCAGUCAACGUAGCCAUUUUGAACCAAUUUCUGGUGAAGGUGUACCUGAAAGUAUCUUUGAUGUUAUGUACAAACAGAAAGACAUGAAGGUAUACAUGGGUUACACGUGGGACUGGUUUCAUCAUUUUGCAAGCAAUACAACUGUAGAUGAGAUGUUCCGUGGGGCACAGUUGCCGUAUUUCAAUGGAAGCGCUGAUUGGCUAAAAUGCGCAUUUGAUUUUGGUUGCAUCAAACAUUCAGAUGAGGCCGUAUUUAAUGCCACAGUUGAUGUCAUUCAACAGAUUCAACCUAACUUCAUGUUUUUACAUUUCUCUCGCUUGGAUAAAGCAGGUCACGUACAUUGUUGGGGAUGCAAAGAGUACUAUGAUGAGCUAGAAGUUAUAGAUGGAUACAUUCAAAAAAUCCUACAAGUAUUGAAAGAAACGAAAACCUCGCAAGGAACGGAAAUGUUAGAUGAGACGUUAGUGAUGGUGGUCAGUGAUCACGGCGGAUACAGAAAUCUUCAUGGGGAGUGUAAUGGACCAAAUACUGAAUGCUUGAGCUUUACUAUGACAGCAACAAUGAACGUGCCUUUGUUAUUGAAGGGUCCAACAGUAAAGAAGGGAUACAACAUGACUGCAAAUAGGAAUUAUGUCGCAAACAGAGAUGUCGUUCAAACUGCUCUUCACGCUUUAGGCUUGCGAAAAGGUCGAUAUAUGACAGGCAAAGUUCUUACAGAAGCCUUCGAGGAAACACCUCCAGACGUGAAUAAAACCAUUGGAGUAUGGAGGGGAAUGGGACCAUUAUGUCUCAUUUGCUACAUAUUGUUGCAUUUGUCAAUUUCAAGCAUAUAAUCUUAUAAGUUAAUCAUGUUCAAGAUUUCGUAUGGGCAAGAAGAAUAACUUAAGUAUAGAAGAAUAGAUUGCUGUUAUCUAAAUGAAUUGGCAAGAAGUUUGGAUGUUAAAAUACGACACAAGACAAUACGACAAUACGACACAAGAACACUGUGUGUUAGUAUAUAGAUCGAGUAUGACGAAGCAUGAAGAAUUUCUGAAAUUUAAUGAAAACCAAACUAUGCGUAGCUGCGUUGUAUCAUAAUAGCCUUUGCAUAACUGACAAAAUGCUCGUGAACAGACCAGGCUUCACGAUUUUUUCUAAAACAUCGAUUGUUCAGAAUCUACUGUGUUUACUGUCGCACGUGUUCUUUUCAUAAUAAUGUACACUUCACAUUUGAACAUGGAGUAAGUCAUAUAAUUGGCGAUCAUUACUCGCUAAAGCUGAUGUUGCAAUUACUUUAAACUUAACUAUAUCAAUAAUGGUACGAGUAAUUCUUCGCUUUAGAUCAUCAAAAACCGUAAAACUGCUGUUCAAACAUGGAAAAAGAGAAAACGUAUUGCAUCAGAUAUGAUGGAUGCCAUCUUAGAAAAUUACCCCAAAACAAAAAAACAAUUUAUCGAAGAUGUUGGCAUUGAAACAGACGAGGAAUACAAUGUGACUGUACCACAAAUAUAACCACGGACCAUAGCAAUAGCAAUAAAUUCAUUGGGAAAAAACAUGUUUGGCUACACAUGUUGGCAACGUUUUGUUCUUGUUUUAUUAAUCAAUUACAUCAUCUCUAAACAAAGCAUCAUUUUCAAUUUUUUUUAUGUGAAGAAACUCUUAUCUCUUUGAUAACAUUUUUCAACACGGUCGAUAACAUCACGCAGUGAAAAUUGAAAUUGCAUAUUCAGUGACCUAUUCAUUUGUAAUCAUUUUGUGUUAAGUAAAAUUUUCAAUUAUUGCGUGUUUUCAAUAGAUUGUGUUUAAUUAAAGUUGCAAAGAAUAAACAAAAGAUUAAGUGCUGUGAAA